CUCUCUCUCUCUCUCUCUCUCUCUCUCUCUUUUAUUUUCUCUUGAUUUCCUCUCGGAUUUUCUUCGAUUCCAAGCGAUCCGGCCGUUCGAUCGUUGAUCCGACUUCGCUUUCACCGUUAAAGUGCCCCCGAUCUACAAGGAGGGAAUUCUCCUUUUGAUUAUUGGUCCAGCAGAUCUUCUGGUAUGAUGUCAUACCCUCUUUUGAUUUCGGAUGUAUUAUAGGAUGCUCUGUGGAGACAUACCCAUGUUGUAGAGUCUGAUGUUUUGUCUUUAUUUUUGUUGGCACAUAAUUGUGCCAAGGGCCCGAGAUACGGGAUCGGGUAUGUAUUAUUGACAGCAGUGUGAUAGAUAUUCUUAUUUUGUACAGCUGCUGUAUAUGAAAUAUUGAGAUAUUAUGUUAGAAGGUGAAUUGGUAUUUUAUUUAUGUUCUAUAUCUUGUCAGUAAUAUUGUUUUAUUCAAAUCGAGCUAGAGAAGAGGCUUACUAGUCCAUUUUAGGGCCGCUGGGCCUAGGGAUUAGUGCCGGUCAUGACAUACCAGAUUUCGGGUCGUGACAUCUCAAUGCUGGGUCCUCGCUCUUUCGAUGCUGGUGGUGCUCAGUGCUCGUCACUUGCCUGGGUUCAUUGCUUGGUGGCUGGUGCUUCUCGGUGCUUGUUGUCGCUAGUUGGUGUCGGCCAGAUCUUUCUCAUUCUCAGGUAAUUCCCAGAGAGCCAGAUCUUCCUCAUCAGUAGGAACCUUUUCCAAUUCAUAGGUUCUGUACGCAAUAGCUACACAACGCAAACUCCCGGAAGCCCAAUCCACAAAAUGAACAUUGAGCAGAAAAUUUUCAAAGACAACAAAGAUCGCCUAGACUACAGAUUUUUAAAGACAACAAAAAAUUAUUCUUGAAUUUAAAAAAGAUGUUUAGAAUCCUACAAAAUUGUUUUGAUUCUAACUGAUGGCUACACUUAUUUGUUAAUGCCAAAUAAUGUUACAAAGCAAUUCCUUAGUGUUAGUGCCUUACGGCUCUUACCUUGCUGCGUUUACCCUUUAGCUUGAUUAGUUAAUUACCUAUAUUUUGCCUCUAUCUUACUUACAUAUUUGCCUCUAUUUUAGUUUUCAUUUAGUUGAUUUAUUGUCAUUGAUUUGUAGUGUGAAUGUGUGGUGGCAGUGGUGCUACACUGCUACUUGCUGCAAGUUGUUUGUUUGAAUUUUUAUUUUAAAUAAUACAUUAGAAGAAAAAUUAAGAUGUUUGAAUUUAUUUUGGAUGACAAGUUUCAAGAUUAUUUACUAAUACUUGAUAAAAAAAUGUCAACGACUGGUUCUUCAAACCCUAAAGUUACAAGAAAAAAUGCAUCAGGAAAUAGAUAUGAUAUGGGAUGGCAAUAUACCAUUGAUGUGGAAAAUAACUCAAGAAAAGUUCAGUACAAAUUUUGUAGUAAGAUCUUUAGUGGAGGUAUUUUUCGUUUUAAGCAUCACUUAGCUUGUACUCACAAAAAUAUGGAACCUUGUCUAAAAGUUCCAGACGAUACUAGAAAGGAAAUUUUGGAAAUUUGGGUGAAGAAUGCUGAAGCUACUGAACGAAAAAGAAAGAUAAUUAACAGUAUUGACGAUUCUGAGAAUAAGAAUGAUGAGAUACAACAAGUUAUAUCAAAACAAAAAGGUAAGAAUACUAUGGAUACUUUUAUGACAAAGGGGAAGUGGUCAUCAAGUGCAACUGGAAGUGGUCAAACAACUAUUAAUCAAAUGUUGAAAAGAGAAUUAAGAGAAGAUUGUUGUCAACAAAUUGCUAGAUUUUUCUAUGCAUGUGCCAUUCCUUUUAAUUGUGUAAAACAUCCCGAGUUUGCAAAGAUGCUUGAACUGGUAGGAAAAUUUGGAAGUGGACUUAAACCUCCUUCUUAUCACGAUAUUAGAGUGAAAUAUUUGAAAAAAGAAGUAACUCAUACCAUGGAAUUACUUGAGGAGUACAAAGCUGAAUGGAAAAAAAUAGGUUGUUCAAUUAUGUCAGACGGGUGGAUUGAUAAAAAGAGGCGUUCAAUUUGUAAUUUCUUGGUCAAUAACCCAAAGGGGACAGUUUUUUUUACCUCAAUUGAUACAUCUGAUUUUUCUAAAACUGCUGAUAAAGUAUGUGAAAUGUUAGAUGCAAUAGUAGAGAAAGUUAGAGAGGAGAAUGUGGUACAAGUGGUAAAUGAUAAUGCUGCAAAUUAUAAAGCAGCAGGUGAGAUGCUAAUAGAGAAAAGGAAAAGGUUGUAUUGGACUCCAUGUGCUGCCCAUUGUAUUGACUUUAUGUUGGAGGAUUUUGAAAAGAAGCUUAAAGUCCAUGCUACAACUAUUAGAAAGGCUAGGAGGAUAUCAACCUACAUAUAUUCAAGAACUCUUCUCAUUUCUAUGUUAAGGCAAUUUACAAAAGGAAGAGACUUGAUAAGACCAGCUAUUACUCGUUUUGCAACUACAUAUCUGACUUUAAGUUGCCUCAGUGAGCUAAAAGGUGCCUUGAUGACAAUGUUUACUUCAAACUCAUGGAAGUCUAGUAGAUUUGUCUCUCAACAAGAUGGGAGACGAGUUCAACAAACGGUGUUAGAUUCUAGAUUUUGGAAAAAUAUAAUUCGUUGUCUGAAGGCAGCAUUGCUAUUGGUAAAAGUUCUUCGAUUGGUUGAUUCAGAUGAGAAACCAGCUAUGGGCUUUAUUUAUGUGGAGAUGGAUUGAGCUAAGGAGAAAAUUAAAGCAAAUUUUAACAAUGCAAAGAAAAAGUAAGUUACUAACUAUAUAUUGUUUUAUCAUUUUACAAUCUUUGCAUUCUUUUAUCUACACCUAUUUAUUUAAUUUUAUUAUUGUUUAUGUAGCUUUGAGCCAAUUUUGAAGAUUGUUGAUGAACGAUGGGAAUUCCAAUUGCAUAGGCUAUUACAUGCUACAGCAUAUUACUUGAACCCUCAAUAUCAUUAUAGUCCAAAUUUUAAAGUUAAUAUGGAAAUAAAAUUGGGACUAUUUAAUUAUAUUGAAAGAAUGGUCACAGAUCCAGAAGAAAGGGACAAAAUAGAUGUGCAAAUUGAAAUGUUUAAGGGUGCAAAAGGGUUACUUGGUAUUGAAUCUGCUAAGCGUUCAAGGGAUAAAAAGGCUCCAGCCAAGUGGUGGGACACCUAUGGAGAUGGAUGUCCUAAAUUGCAAAGGUUUGCUAUUCGUGUGUUGAGCUUGACAUGCAGCUCUUUUGGGUGUGAAUGAAAUUGGAGUGCAUUUGAGAUGGUAAGCAAAGUAUAUUUAGUCAUUAUUUUAAUUAUGUUUUAAAUUUUGAACACCAUAUUUUGAUGCAAACUAACAAUUGAUUUUUGAUAACUUUAUAAAUUAUGUUUCAGGUUCACACAAAGAGAAGAAAUCGUUUGCAUCAAAAGAAGAUGAAUGAUUUGGUUUUUAUAAUGUAUAAUUUAAAGUUGAGAGAUAGGUAAUCCAUAAAAGACGAAACAUUUUUUAGCGUUGAUGAGUUAUCCUCAUAUGAUGAAUGGAUAACAAAAGAGUUUACCCAUAUUGAUUCCUCCAAUAGAAAUGAUUUAGAUAUUCUUAAUGGUGCAACAAUGAUGGAGUGUGGGGAAAAUGAAGUUGGUAAAGAUUUGGAAAGUCAUGGAGACGAAGGAUGUGAAGAUCCAUCUGAGCCUUUAGGCGAUUUUGAACUUGAAGAUGACCUUGAUUUAGAAGAUGAUGAUGAUGAUGAUGAUGAUGGGGAUAAUGAAGAUGGUCAUAGCUUGGACUUGGAUGAAGAUUUAAAUAUUUCUGUUAAUGAUUUAUUUUAGUUUGUAACUUUGUAUUUUGUGCUUGUAAUGUAGAAGUUUAACAAUGCCAUAUUAACAAAAUUAUGGACCCUUUUUGUGCUUGUAUUUUAUAAAAUUAUGUUAUUAUAAUUUAUAAACAUAUAUUUAUAAAAAUUAAAUAGUAUCUUUAAUUGUCUCUAAAAUCCUACGAUUUUACGAUUCGAUUUUACGGACCCUUCUUCGAUCCUACUUAAAAUUCCGAUUUUAACAACCUUGAAUCUAGUAGGGGUCCUAAUUUAUAGGAGAGUAAUCAACUCCUAUACAUUAGGAGAAUUGUUAGGAGGUUGAAUAGUCUUAGAAUUCUUCAAGGAUUAGGAGUAUGUGUGUUAUAAGUAAGAUUGUAUUAAUUAGUUUUGAUAUAUGAAAGAUUAAUUCUUAUUCUUUCACACAAUUAAGUAGGUAAGCCCUAUGAACUAUCACUUUUAGGUAAUUCUUAACUAGAAGAAAGUCUGUGGAAUCCUUAUUUUGUAACUUCAAUCCCCAUUCCAAAUUGGUGUGUAAUAGCCUAAAGAAAAUUUAAUUCAUAAGAGGAGCUCAUUGAGAUUGUAGACCCACUAAACUACCAUUUCCAAGCAAAGGAACCCAUUGAAUCCUUAUAGGCUAAUUUAAUUAAAUCCAUGACUUUAGACCAAUGUGAGAUGGCCUUUAGUUAACUUCUUUUUUGAUAAGUAAGCUGAGAAUGAGGCAACAUACAUCAUAAAUUAAGCUGAGUGGAGACUCAAAUAUGUGAGCCCACCAACUAUGACUUUUAGGCAAUUGUUGUUUGGAAAUGAGCCCGUAAAAUAUGCUAACUUGAGUUCCCACUCUGGAUUGAUGUGGGGUAGUCUUAAACUAACUUCUUUUUUCAAUAAGUAAGAUGGUAAAGGGAACACAUACUAUGCAAAUGGAGGUAAAUAAAGAUUUAAGUAAGCUAAUAAGAUUCAUUUUAUUAGGAUGCACGGGUCUUAAUUCCAAUCAACAAAAUUCAUUAACAUACAUUUAUGUCGUUAUUGUUAUUUAUUUAUUUAUUUAUUGCUCAUCUAAAACCACAUCAAUGCCUUGAUACACCACAUUCUAUCAUAAAAUAAAAAUGUUUCUUUUCAUCUUAUAAAGAUAUUUUCAUACCUUAGUGAAGUUGAUGCCAUUGUACAAGGCUAGAUCAAGAGGUAGGUUGUUGAUCUUAGUUGGGUUAAACUAAUUUAAAAGAAGUUAAAGAGAGGUGUAAAACUUGGUUCAAGUAAGGACUAAUCAAAUUGAGUUGGGUUGCUUCUUACUAAAUGAGACAACUGCAAAAUCUCAUCAUUAUCUUUUUCCAAAUAUGGCAAAGGAAAUCCUAGCAAUACUAGGUGGAAAGAACCUUUUUUGGACAAUGAUAGCAAAGUAGGAGAUGAGGAAGGCUUGAUAGUGAUUUCUCUUAUUUAGUUGAGGUUCCUCAAUCUACCCUAAUUGUAUUUCGGUUCUCUCCUCACUCUUCUCUAUUUUCCUUUUUCUCUUAAACCCAGUAUAAACCAAAAGUCUUGGAAAAUGAAAAAGAGAAGAAAGUCUUCUAGAUAGUGUUGGGAAGGUUGUGAAAAACUUGGAUAGAUGUUCUUUAGUAAUUAGUAGGAAUGGUAUACAAAAAUUCCCACAAGGGAGGCUUAAGUUAGACAUUUGAGAUAUCUACUAAGGGUGGGUAAGGGUCCCUGACCCAUACUCAACCCGUUAAUAUUAAUUAAUAUAUAUUUUUUUAUUAUUUUAUUUUUAUAUAAUGGAUAAAAUUACCAAAAAGAUAUAGAACUUUUGCCUUUGUUUCAAUAUUAUAACACUCUCUUGAAAUUUCGAAUAAUAUAAUGAACUUUAUGUUUAAUUUCAAUAAUAUAAUGAGCUUUCAAUUUUUUUCAAUAAUAUACCUAAUUUUAGGUUCAGUGUAAAUUAAUAUAAGUUAAAUUACCCCAAGGCCCUUGUGGUUUGGAUCACUUACACUAAUACCUUUAGUGGCUUAUUUUGGUUUGUAAAGGCCCUUAUAAUUUACUCUCUUUUUUUUCCUCAAACACCUUCAUCAAUUUUUAAAACUUAAAAAUAAAUAAAAUAAAAUUUAACUAAUAGAAAAUUAAAAAAAAAAAAGAAGAAUAGAUCUUUCUAUUCUUCAAACAAAAAAGCUAGUUGUGGAAGAAAGAUCACCACCAGCAACAACUACUAGG